GAACUAAAAUCAUAUUUAAUCCUUAAAAAUAUAUAAAUAUAACAUGAGAAAUAAGGAUAAGUUAUAAAAAUAUUAAAUGGUUAUAUAAUUAGGCUUUGAGGUAUGUGCUCUUGUGUAUAGACAUGCUCUUGAACGCGGCGGUAGGAACCAAAAUUCAUGUCUUAUGUUUUUUUAGAACCCUACCUUGUUACCGUUACCAUUUGAGAGUACCCUCUCUUCUCUCUCUUUUGAAUCCUCUUCUUCCAAAAACACAAGCCCUAGGAGGAUUCAAUUAGCGAUAGGCGUGGGGGCGUGAUCCAACGGAAGAAUCAAAGGCGAUUAUGAGUUUUGGGUCGAGGGUUUAAUUGUGGCAAGACUUUGAACAGGGUGUUUUAAGUUGAGGCACGACAGGUCGCUGGAGCGCAAGCACAUUGGGAUGAGUCAGCAUAGGUCUCCGUCUCCACCGCAUCAUCACACUUCUUCCAGAAGUGCAAAGCCUCGUGAUGAGAUGAUAAACUCAAGCGAAGCUGAAGAAAUGGACUCAAUGGAUACCAAAUUUGAAACAAUUGAGGCUAGAAUAACAUCUAUGCUUCCCCAACUCCAAUCUGAGUGUGGCAUUCUACAGAGAAUAGUGUACAAAAAUAAGAACCAGCAUCGACGCUCUUCCUAUUUCCAGCGUCUUUUGAAGGUGAGAAGGGAUUUAAAACUCCUGCAAUCAGCAAACUUGGAGGAGCUUGUAACAUCAUGCCUCCAUGUUAUCAAAGGAGAUAAACCAAGGCAGAAAGUUAUUCUUUUAGAGAGCUUAAAAAGGAGAAAAUGUGAUGGUGAAAAGCACAAUUUUAUGGAGCGAUUGUUAGGAGCUGCACGCUUAUUAGCUGAGAUGGUUGAACCAAUACUCAAGGCUGCUACUGAGGUAUCAGUAUUGUUUGCACAAUCCUUUUUUAUGGGAUUUUCUCUUACAAUAAUGGCUUUGCUUGCACGUCUUCGAGUAUUGGUUCAACAAAUAUUACUUGAUGUUGUUUCAUUGUUCAACAUGGUUUCUUCUCUCUCUAUAACCAAACAGUCAACAAAAAUAACUCUUAAUGGAAUUGAGGUUUUUAGAGAUUUCUAUCCUCUUAGUGAUGAUUUUAUUACAUUAGAUUGUGUUUGGGAAUCAGACAAGUUUAUAUUACACGAGAGGAUACAUAAAAGGAAAAAUGAAAGUCAAGCCGAGGACUCUAAUGAACAUGCCUUUGUCCAAACUUCAAAUGUGAAUUAUAAUAGUAUUGACUCUUUUCUCGGGGUAAAUUGUGUUGUAGAUGAUCAGCUUGAGGGACUGGAAGCUGUUGCUGCCAAAGAAGAUCUCCGUCAUGUAGAUAAUAUGAAUACUGAUUUGUCGAUUGACUCAUCACAAUUUGACACUAAGAUGACAGUGUACCGUGAGGAAGGAGAAAAUGAAGACACCACAAAAACCUCCAUCAACGAAUCUUCACAGCAAGCUGUUUUGCAUACAUCAUCAAGGUCUUCUACCAAUGAUAAACUCCAUUCUAUGCCAAAGAAGGUUGCAUUUGUCUCCGUCAAGGAUCUUACGUUAACUCGACCCACAUCUUAGUGUCUGUGUGCUAGCUGUUGCACGUUACCAACACUUGGAUCAUGUUUGGGCUGAAGCAACAAUUCAUAGCUUCUGCAUAAUGUUUGUUGCUCGGUGACGUGGAAAUUUGGCCAAAUUGAGUCAUGAGCUAUUGAUGUUAAGAUAUUCUAAAACUUCAUGAGAGAUUGAAGUGGCCAAACAGUGGAUGACAUGGGAGAUUGAGUCAUUGCUAUUGAUGUUUAUUUACUGAUGUAAAUGCAAAGACUAAUUUUAAACAUAACAAGGUAGUUUUAUUCUUUUGAUUUCUUAGCUUUUGUUUGAACACUCCUUGAUAUGUCCCAAUCAUAUACUUUUUUUAGGUCGAGAAACAUGAAUCAUAUUUAAACGUGCA